AUGGCUUCCCACUACCCCCGAGGGUACCUCAACGAAUUCCUACCGAUCAUCAUAUCUCAGCAACCUACAAAGAUCAAGGCAGUCUUCUUCGACUUCAUGGGAACUUGCCUGAACUGGCAUGCCAGUGUAGUCAAAGCCUUACCCGCGACAAUUCCAGAAGCCGAAGCGUCCAAGUUCGCCCUUGAAUGGCGCAGACAAUAUUUCAUCGAGAACGCAAACCGGCAUGCGCAAGGUCUUGAGCCUGAGGACAUUGACAUUACGUUUGCGCGGGUCCUCGACAACCUUUUGAACCAGUGGCCCGUAUACGCCAGCCACUUCAACGCCGAGAUCAGGACGGGGUUGAUCAAAGCAUGGCACUCGCAACCUGCCUGGCCAGAAGUCUCAAAGGCCAUCGAGAGCCUGCGGAACGAUCUCGGCCUUGAAGUAUUUGUGCAUGCCAACGGCACAACUCGCCUGCAGCUGGAUCUCGUUCGGUUUUCAGGGCUCAGCUUCAACAUGCUCUUCUCCAGUCAGCUUUUGGGUGUUUACAAGCCUAGCCCCGUUGCGUAUGAAAAGGCGUUGCAGCUUGUUAAGCUCAGGCCCGAGGAAGUGGUGCUGGUUGCGGCGCACGCGUAUGAUCUGCGAGGUGCACAAAAGGUCGGGCUUAGGACGAUCUAUGUUCAUCGAUGGACUGAUGAUGUAGAUGAGGAUAUGGAACAGGUUCGGUCCGAGUUUGAUGUAUUCUUGGACGAUAUGAUAGAGCUUCCCAAGGCUGUCGAUAGCUUGUGA